AUGUACGGAUCAGGCCAGCAGACGGGCAUCUCGACGCCACGCUCUGCAGCAAAUCUGCGCCCGCUCAUCCUCACCCACGGCUCGCUCGAGUACACCCUCCUCAUCCCGACCGCCCUCCACUUCAACGCCCAGCAAUUGAGGGACACCUUCAAGCAGACACUCCCCGCGCCCACAGACGAACUUGCACAGGAUGACGAGCCCUCUUCCGUCGUCGAGCUGGUUGCCCGCUACCUCGGCUUCAUUGCCAAGGAGGUAGACGAGGGCGAGGACCCUGACUCUUUCGAGGAGGUGCUCAAGCUGGUCCUCACCGAGUUCGAGCGCGCCUUCCUGCGCGGCAACGAGGUGCAUGCGCUGGCCGCAACGCUGCCAGGCAUCACGGAGAAGAAGCUGGAGACAGUGCGGUCAUACUACGCAGCUCGCGCUGCCGUCGAAAGGCCUAUCAAGCACCACGAGUCUGCCCUCUUCCGCGAGGCCUCUGACGAGAAUGCCUUCAUCUACGCCGUCGUGGGCGGUCAGGGCAACAUCGAGGAGUACUUCGAUGAACUCCGCGAGAUCUACAACACAUACCCCUCGUUUGUGGAGGACUUUAUUGCGGCCGAGGCACAACACUUGCUGACCCUGUCCCGCGACCCACGCGCGGAGAAGCUCUACUCCAAGGGCUUGGACGUCAUGCGAUGGCUGAACAACCGCGAAGCUCAGCCCGACAUUGACUACCUCGUCUCGGCACCUGUCAGCUUUCCCUUGAUCGGUCUUACACAGCUUGCGCACUAUGUCGUUACCUGCAGAGUGCUCGGCAGCCACCCCGGCCACAUUCGAAGCCGUUUCUCUGGUGUUACUGGUCACUCUCAGGGUGUUGUCACAGCUGCCGCAAUUGCAGAGGCAAAGAACUGGGAGACCUUUGAGAGGUCUGCUAAAAAGGCUAUUGAGAUCCUCUUCUGGAUCGGUACACGUAGUCAGCAGGCCUUCCCCAGGACUUCUCUUGCUCCCAACGUCCUACAGGACUCAAUCGACAACAGUGAAGGUGUUCCAACCCCCAUGCUGUCGAUUCGUGACCUCUCUCGCAAGGCUGUCCAAGACCACAUUGACGCAACAAACGCACAUUUGCCCGAGGAUAGGCACAUCGCCAUCUCACUGGUCAACAGCGCGCGCAAUUUCGUCGUCACAGGUCCUCCCAUCUCUCUGUACGGUCUCAACCUUCGUCUGCGCAAGGUCAAGGCUCCUACAGGUCUCGACCAAACAAGGAUACCUUUCACUGAGCGCAAGGUUCGCUUCGUCAACCGCUUCCUUCCUAUCACCGCGCCUUUCCACAGCAAAUACCUCGCCGAGGCGACGAAACAGCUCGGAGAUGACCUCAAGGAUGUCAAGAUCGCUGCCAGUGACCUCGGUGUGCCGCUGUUCGAUACACACACUGGCAAGGACAUCCGUGAGUAUGAAUCCGACAACGUCGUUCCUGCACUCGUGAAGAUGAUCACCACCGAUUCGGUUGAGUGGGAAAAGACCACUGUGUUCCCCAAGGCCACACACAUCCUCGACUUCGGCCCUGGUGGCAUAUCCGGACUCGGUGUGCUUACCAACCGCAAUAAGGAGGGAACUGGCGUCCGCGUCAUUCUCGCUGGAGCUAUCGACGGUCAGAACGCCGAGGUUGGCUACAAGCCCGAGCUUUUCGACCGCGAUUCAGACCAUGCGGUCACGUACGCUGUCGACUGGGUCAAGGAGCACGGUCCAAAACUCGUCAAGACAUCCACUGGCCAGACGUAUGUUGACACCAAGAUGAGUCGAGUCCUUGGCUUGCCCCCUGUCAUGGUCGCUGGUAUGACCCCCUGCACUGUUCCUUGGCAGUUCGUCUCGGCCACUAUGAACGCCGGCUACGAGAUUGAGCUUGCUGGCGGAGGUUACUACAACGAGAAGUCCAUGACCGAGGCCAUCACCAAGGUUGAGAAGAACAUUCCCGCUGGUCGUGGUAUCAGCAUCAAUUUGAUCUACAUCAACCCCCGCGCUAUGGGCUGGCAGAUUCCGCUGCUUGCUAAGCUCAGAGCUGAGGGUGUCCCGAUUGAGGGUUUGACCAUCGGUGCUGGAAUCCCUUCCAUUGAGGUCGCCAACGAGUACAUCCAGACCUUGGGCAUUAAACACAUGGGUUUCAAGCCUGGCUCUGUUGAAGCCAUCCAGGCAACUAUCAACAUCGCCAAGGCAAACCCAACCUUCCCAAUCGCGCUUCAGUGGACUGGAGGCCGUGGAGGUGGUCAUCAUUCUUUUGAGGAUUUCCACCAGCCCAUCCUCCAGAUGUACGGUCGCCUCCGCAAGUGCGAGAACCUCAUCCUCAUUGCCGGCUCUGGUUUCGGUGGAGCGGAAGACACAUACCCCUACCUCACUGGUACCUGGUCCACCAAGUUUGGAUACCCCCCUAUGCCUUUCGACGGUUGUCUGUUCGGUAGUCGUGUGAUGACCGCCAAGGAGGCAUUCACGUCUCCUUCGGCUAAGCAGGCUAUCGUUGACGCCCCUGGUCUUGAGGACAGUGAGUGGGAGAAAACCUACAAGGGCCCUGCUGGCGGUAUCAUUACUGUUCGUUCCGAGCUGGGCGAGCCAAUUCACCAGCUUGCUACUCGCGGUGUCAUCUUCUGGCAUGAGAUGGAUCAGAAGAUCUUCGCCCUGGACAAGGCCAAGCGUGUACCCGAGCUCAAGAAGAUGCGUGAAUACAUCAUCAAGAAGCUCAACGAUGACUUCCAGAAGGUCUGGUUCGGCAGGAACAAGAAGGGCGAGUCAGUCGAUCUGGAAGACAUGACAUACUCCGAGGUCAUUCAACGCAUGGUUGAUCUUAUGUAUGUCAAGCACCAAUCCCGCUGGAUCGACCCGAGCUUGAAGCGUCUCACUGGUGACUUCAUUCGCCGAGUUGAGGAGCGUUUCAGCAAGUCUGGCGGCGAGUCCAUCAUCCAAAGCUACGAUGAGCUCACUGAUCCAUUCCCCACGCUCGAGCAGGUCUUCAAGGCCUACCCUGAAGCCGACCAGCAGUUGAUCAACGCUCAGGAUGUCCAGCACUUCUUGCUCCUUUGCCAGCGUCGUGGACAGAAGCCCGUACCCUUUGUUCCUUGCCUCGAUGACACCUUCGAAUUCUUCUUCAAGAAGGAUUCCUUGUGGCAGUCAGAGGACAUUGAAGCCGUCUUUGGCCAGGAUGUUGGCAGGACCUGUAUUUUGCAAGGUCCCAUGGCCGUCAAGUACUCCACCAAGGUCGACGAGCCAAUCAAGGAGAUUCUGGAUGGUGUUCACGAGGGCCACAUCAAGUACUUGUUGCGCGAUGUCUACGGAGAUGAUGAGUCCAAGGUCCCCGUUGUCGAGUACUUCGGCAACAAGCUCCUUGCGGCUUCGGAAGGAUUGGAAGUUGACGGCCUAACCGUGUCGCAGCUUGAGGACAAGACCAUCUACCGUCUGUCACCCGCGCCGAACGCGACCAUGCCUGAGGUUCAGUCAUGGCUCCAACUCCUCGCCGGUAGCACAUACUCGUGGAGGCACGCAUUCUUCACGACAGAUGUGUUUGUCCAGGGCCAGCGCUUCCAAACCAACCCCACCGCCAGGAUCUUUGCCCCUACUCCUGGUAUGACCGUGGAAAUCACCCAACCCAACGACCCCAGCAAGACUUCAAUCACGGUCAAGGAACUGCACCACGGCGCGAAGUACGUCAAGACUGUCGAUGUCAGCAUCAAAGACAAGGAGAUUCUGCUUAACAUGUACGAGGAGCGCACUGCCCUCGGAUCUGCUGUUGCUCUUCCCUUCCGCUUCACCUACCGCCCUGAUGUCGGCUACGCACCUAUUCACGAAGUCAUGGAAGCUCGCAACGACCGGAUCAAGGACUUCUAUUACAAGAUCUGGUUCGGUGACGAAGCCUGCCCCUUCGAUGCUUCAGUCACCGCCAGUUUCGACGGUGGUCGGGCCACAGUCACCAGCGAGGCUAUCAACGACUUUGUCCACGCUGUUGGCAACACAGGCGAGGCUUUCGUCGACCGACCUGGCAAGGAAGUCUUCGCUCCCAUGGACUUCGCAAUCGUUGUUGGUUGGAAGGCGAUCACCAAGCCUAUCUUCCCUCGCGCCAUUGAUGGUGACCUGCUGAAGCUUGUUCACCUUUCCAACGGCUUCCGCAUGCUUCCUGGCGCGGAGCCAUUGAAGAAGGGCGACGUUCUUGACACCACUGCCCAGAUCAACGCCGUCAUCAACCAAGAGUCUGGUAAGAUGGUCGAGGUCUGCGGUACUAUCACCCGUGAUGGAAAAGCUGUCAUGGAGGUCACCAGCCAGUUCUUGUAUCGCGGCGCGUAUACUGACUUCGAGAACACCUUCCAGAGGAAGACCGAGAAGCCAAUGCAGCUGUCUCUGGCCACUAGCAAGGAUGUCGCUAUUCUGCGAUCGAAGGAGUGGUUCAAUUUCGAAGAGCCUGAGAUCGAUCUCCUCAACAAGACUUUGAUCUUCAAGCUCGAGACUUUCCAAAAGUACAAGAACAAGACCAUCUUCUCCGAGGUUGAGACUGUUGGUGAAGUUCUCCUCGAGCUUCCCACCAAGGAAGUUAUUCAGAUUGCAUCCGUCAACUACCAGUCUGGAACCGCUCACGGCAACCCUGUGAUUGACUACCUGGAGCGUAACGGCUCUACCAUCGACCAGCCAGUGAACUUUGAGAACCCCAUCCCUCUGCAUGGCAAGGCUCCAUUGACACUGAGGGCACCAGCAUCCAACGAGAACUACGCUCGCGUGUCUGGCGACUACAACCCCAUUCACGUCUCGCGCGUCUUCGCUAGUUACGCCAACCUGCCUGGCACCAUCACUCACGGCAUGUACUCCAGUGCUGCUGUGAGGAGCUUGGUCGAGACUUGGGCUGCCGAGAACAACGUCGGACGCGUAAGGAGCUACCACGUCAACCUCGUUGGCAUGGUUCUUCCUGACGAUAUGCUUGAUGUCAAGCUUCAGCACGUCGGUAUGGUUUCAGGUCGUAAGAUCAUCAAGAUCGAAGUCAGUAAUCAAGAGACUGAAGACAAGGUCCUUCUUGGUGAGGCCGAGGUCGAGCAACCGACAACAUCCUACGUCUUCACCGGUCAAGGUUCGCAGGAACAAGGUAUGGGGAUGGAGCUAUACAACAGCAGCCCAGUCGCUAAGGAAGUCUGGGACCGUGCCGACAAGCACUUCAUGGACAACUACGGUUUUGCCAUUACCAAUAUCGUCAAGAACAACCCGAAGGAGCUUACCAUUCACUUUGGUGGUCCCGUUGGAAAGGCCAUUCGCCAGAACUACAUCUCGAUGACCUUCGAGACCGUCAGUGCCGAUGGGUCCAUCAAGUCUGAGAAGAUCUUCAAGGAGAUUGACGAGAACACCACUUCGUACACAUACCGAUCGCCCACCGGUCUGCUGUCAGCCACUCAGUUCACCCAGCCCGCUCUUACUCUUAUGGAGAAGGCCUCGUUUGAGGACAUGCGCUCCAAGGGUCUUGUCCAGCGCGAUAGCACUUUCGCUGGUCACUCUCUCGGAGAAUACAGUGCGCUUGCUGCGCUCGCCGAGGUCAUGCCCAUUGAGAGCUUGGUUUCGGUCGUGUUCUACCGCGGUCUUACCAUGCAAGUCGCUGUCGAGCGUGAUGAGACUGGUCGUUCCAACUACUCCAUGUGCGCUGUCAAUCCAAGCAGAAUCUCGAAGACCUUCAACGAGCAAGCCCUUCAGUACGUUGUUGAGAACAUUGCGGAGACAACUGGCUGGCUCCUUGAGAUUGUCAACUACAACAUCGCCAACAUGCAGUACGUUGCUGCUGGUGACCUUCGAGCUCUCGACUGCCUCACUGGUGUAACCAACUACCUGAAGCAGCAGAAGAUUGACAUCCAGUCUCUCAUGCAGAGCCUGUCAAUGGAGGACGUCAAAGCACACCUGGUCGAGAUCAUCAAGGGCUGUGCUGAGCAGACGGAGGCUAAGCCCAAGCCUCUCGACCUUCAGCGAGGGUUCGCUACUAUCCCGCUCAAGGGUAUCGAUGUGCCCUUCCACAGCACAUUCUUACGUUCUGGUGUCAAGCCCUUCCGAAGCUUCUUGCUCAAGAAGAUUCACAAGACAUCCAUCGACCCGUCGAAGCUGGUUGGAAAGUACAUUCCAAAUGUCACUGCGAAGCCUUUCGCUCUGACCAAGGAAUACUUCGAGGAUGUGUACAAGCUCACAAACUCGCCCAAGAUCGGCAACAUUCUUGCCAACUGGGAAAAAUAUGAGGAGAAGGGGGAGGAGACUACAGCUUCGGCAUAG